UUUCUUCAUAAACACAACAACAAACUGACACACACACACACACACACACACAGUACACACCAAAACCCAAAAGUCUUCAGAUCUAUACCACAUUAUCAUUCAUUCAUUCAGAUCUGAGGAAAGUGGUUUUAAUUAGAAGUUGGAGGAAAUGGGGAAAGGAGAGAAAUCUGGGGGAUGUAUGGGAUGGUUUAUUGCGUUUAUUGUAGUCGCGGCGAUCGCCUUAGCGAUUGGACUUACAUUGAGAAACAAGUUUCAUCACAAUGACGACGACGAUGGUGGGGUUCCGGGUCCUCCCGGAGCUGUUACUAAGAAGUAUGGUGAUGCUCUCAAGAUUGCCCUCCAGUUUUUCGAUAUCCAAAAAUCUGGUAAGUUGGUAGAUAAUGAGAUAUCAUGGAGGGGGGACUCGGGUUUACAAGAUGGGAAAGAGGCUAGUUUGGAUCUUUCUAAGGGAAUGUAUGAUGCUGGAGAUCAUAUGAAGUUUGGAUUUCCAAUGGCUUACACAGCCACCGUUCUUUCUUGGGCUAUCCUCGAGUAUGGUGAUCAGAUGAAUGCAGCUGGUCAAUUGCAAUCUGCCAAAGACUCGCUUAGAUGGAUCACUGACUUCUUUGUGAAUGCUCAUCCUGAACCUAAUGUGCUAUACAUUCAGGUGGGUGAUCCAGAUCUUGACCACAAAUGUUGGGAUAGACCUGAAGAUAUGACCGAGAAAAGGCCGUUAAUACAAAUAAACGCUUCUACUCCAGGAACAGAAGUUGCAGCCGAAGCUGCCGCAGCCAUGGCAUCUGCAUCAUUAGUGUUUAAGUCUAGUGAUUCCACAUACUCAAAAUUGCUUCUCAAGCAUGCUAAAGAGUUGUUUAAGUUUGCUGAUGAACACAGAGGAGUUUACAGUGAAAACAUCCCUGAAGUUCAGACAUAUUACAAUUCAACUGGUUAUGGUGAUGAACUUUUAUGGGCAGCUAGUUGGCUCUAUCAUGCAACAAGGGAUAGCACUUAUCUUGACUAUGUAACUGGAAGUAAUGGAGAAAGCUAUGCUAAUUGGGGAAGUCCUACUUGGUUCAGCUGGGAUGACAAGCUCCCCGGGCUCCAGGUUCUUUUAUCAAGAGUAAGCUUCUUUGAUUCAAAAAUUGCUACAAAUGUGGAUUUCAAGAAGUACAGAAAGACUGCUGAGGCUGUUAUGUGUGGCCUUCUGCCAAAAUCUCCAACAGCAACCACAAGCAGAACAAGAAGUGGUCUAAUCUGGAUCAGUGACUGGAACGCAUUACAGCAUCCUGUAGCUUCUGCAUUUUUAGCAGUCAUUUAUAGUGAUUACAUGCGUACAUCUCAGACCAAAAAAAUCCAAUGUGAUGCAGACGCCUUUUCAGCUUUAGAUCUUCGAAAAUUUGCCGCAUCACAGGCUAAUUAUGUAUUGGGAGACAAUCCGAUGAAGAUGAGUUAUCUUGUCGGAUAUGGUGACAAAUAUUCACAAUAUGUACACCAUAGAGGAGCCUCAAUACCUACUGAUGCAACCACCCGCUGUUCUGAUGGUUGGAAAUGGCUCGAAUCAGAUCAACCUAACCCAAAUGUAGCAACUGGGGCACUUGUUGGUGGACCAUUCCUAAAUGAGUCAUUUGUAGAUUCACGCAACAACUCAAUGCAAACUGAACCAAGUACUUACAACAGUGCAGCCAUAGUCGGCCUUCUUUCUGGUUUGCUUACAACCUCAUCCGUGGUGACAUCUUUCACAUGAUUUCAUGCAUCUUAUUUGUGUUACACGCAGUAUCGUGUUACAGUAUGUGUUUGUGUAGGCUUAGUGAAUUCCAUCUCAGAAAUAUACAACUUGUGUGAUGAGUGUAUAUAGGUUAUGAUUAAUUGAUUGAGUUGAAAUUAUUAGCUUUAUAAUGAACCUAGAUUAUUUUCCCGCAAAAUAUGCGAGUUAAACAUAUUAUGUUUUAGUUAUAACUUAUACAAAAUUCAUAUUAUGUAUAAAACACGUUGAGAUAUAAUGAUACUAUAAUAUUUAAGUGUUUUAAUUGUA